AAAAGCCACCCAGCCAGGGUCUCCUCUCCUCUCCUCGUGCCAGCAGUAGCACCCACCACCCAAGCAACGGAGAGGCCGUCCCCUCCCUCCCUCAUCCUCCCUACGCCUGCCGCCUCUCCCACUUGCAGCGGCAUUGCCUCCGCUCUCACUCCAGUCCUCCCCCCUCCCCUCGGCCCCGCCGCUCGAGGGAGAUAGCGUCGCGUGCAGCUCUGCCGCUCCUACCCGCUUAAUUGCUCGCCGAGGCAGCCGGAGGAGGUAGCUAAAGAAAGAGCCGCUGUGGCAGGCGACGAAAAGGGGAACGACCACCGACCAUGGCAAGGCGGGGAAUGCUGCCGCGCCGGCGCGAGUGAGCGAUCUCGCAGAUCUACGCCCGCCGCCGCACAGUAUCUGCUCUCCCAGAAUUUCCAGCCGGACCGUCAGAUGAGUGGUGCCACCGGCCGGGCCUCUUCGAUCUUCGCUCCGCGCGCGGAUUAACCAGCCCGGCCGCAUUUCGCUCCUCCGCACCAAGGAGAUCGGGUGAUUCGUCGGGGGAGAGGGAGAAGCCGGGGCCGCAGCGAUGGGGAGCGUGGGUGACCUGGCCAACUACGCGCAGCUCACGGGGCUGGACGCGGUGCGCCUCAUCGGCCUCAUCGUCAAGGCGGCGGCCACGGCGCGGAUGCACAAGAGCAACUGCCGCCGCUUCGCGCAGCACCUCAAGCUCAUCGGCGGCCUGCUGGAGCAGCUCCGGGUGUCGGAGCUCAAGAAGUACCCGGAGACGCGGGAGCCGCUGGAGCAGCUCGAGGACGCGCUCCGCCGGGGCUACCUGCUCGUCAACUCCUGCCAGGACCGCUCCUACCUCUACCUCCUCGCCAUGGGCUGGAACAUCGUCUACCGGUUCCGCACCGCGCAGACCGAGAUCGACAACUACCUCCGCCUCGUGCCGCUCAUCACGCUCGUCGACAACGCCCGCGUGCGGGAGCGAAUUGAGUACAUUGAAAGGGAUCAAUGUGAAUACUCUCUUGACGAGGAAGACAAAGAGGUCCAUGAAGCUCUGUUAAACCCUGACCCUAGCACAAAUCCUUCGAUAGUGCUCAAGAAGACUCUGUCCUGUUCUUAUCCAAACUUGCCAUUUAACGAAGCCCUUCGAAAGGAAAGUGAGAAGCUCCAGGUGGAGCUUCAAAGAUCACAAAGCAACAUGGAUAUGGCCCAGUGCGAGGUUAUUCAUCACCUGCUUGGAGUUACUAGAACCGUGGAAAGUUCUAUUCCAGACGAAAGUACCGAUGCCAAGGUUGCCAAGAAAACCAAGUCAAAGUGCACAAAAGUUAAUGAAGACAGUGCAAAAUCAUAUGAUGAUGACUCUCCAAAGAAGCAAAAAGAUGCCUAUGUUGCACCGCGGAGUUCUUCACCUGUUCCCUACAACCAUGAUCUGGUCUCGAGUACAGCAUCAUACAGUGAUGAGUGGCAUGCAGAUUUACUUGGUUGCUGUUCAGAGCCAGCUCUGUGUCUGAAGACCUUCUUUUUUCCAUGUGGAACGUUCUCAAGAAUUGCUUCAAUCGCCAAGAACAAGCCCAUGUCUUCCGGAGAAGCCUGCAAUGAUAUUAUGGCGUACUCCCUCAUAUUGUCUUGUUGCUGUUACACUUGCUGUGUAAGGAGAAAGCUUCGUCAAAGGCUAAAUAUUGCGGGAGGGUGUUGUGACGAUUUCCUUUCACAUGUAAUGUGCUGUUGCUGUGCUCUUGUUCAAGAAUGGCGCGAAGUAGAGAUUCGUGGUGCAUACGGAGGGAAGACAAAGAUAACCCCGCCGGCACACCAGUACAUGGAGCACUGAGCAGCUACUCUGCGAUCCCUAAAAAAAAAGAGCAGCUCCGCGAGAGGCCUGGACUCCUGUAAAUUAAAGAUAUUGACCUAAAAUUGUCAGAAACCGUACUGCCAUGGUAGUGAUACCCGUCCAACAUGCUCUACUGUUUGUGUUGUAUUUAUGCGUCAUCUUGGUAUUAUGGGUCUUAGAACUCGAUUAAUUUGUCAAAAGUAACUAAACUCUUCAGUCUCAGGCCGGUUAGAGUCGGUGUUAACAUUGCCAUUGUUGUCUAUAUUUCGAAGAGGACGUGGUUUUCUGCU